CUCCAGCCGCUUAGACUUCUGUGUUGGUUUAGAACUGGCGAGGAGGUGGGUGGGGGGGAGAGACAGCUGAUACAGAAGGGGGCACAUCCCACCCCCCCUACCCCCAUCACCUCAACCCUGCCCCCUUCCCCAACCCCCUUUCUCCCCAGGAACAUACCGAGGCGGGUUGCACUCUCUGCAGGGAGGGAUGGGCACUCUGCCAUGGAAUGGCACCAGCCUUUGGGCUAACGAGAGCCGGACAGAUGCCCCCGGGCAGGGGCAUUCGCCUUGGGCGAACCGCACCAACCAAUUCGUUCAGGCCUCCUGGCAGAUCGGCCUGUGGUCACUCGCCUACGGCUCGGUGGUGCUGGUGGCGGUGUUCGGGAACCUGGUGGUCAUAUGGGUCAUCCUGGCUCACAAGCGCAUGAGGACGGUCACCAACUGUUUCCUGGUCAACCUCGCCUUCUCGGACGCCUCCAUGGCCGCCUUCAACACCUCGGUCAACUUCAUCUACGCCCUGCACAAUGACUGGUAUUUCGGGGAGACUUACUGCCGCUUUCACAACUUCUUCCCCAUCGCUGCAAUGUUCGCCAGCAUCUACUCCAUGGCUGCCAUCGCUGUCGACAGGUACAUGGUAAUUAUACAUCCUUUACAGCCAAGACUGUCAGCAACCACAACAAAAGUCAUUAUUAUGAGCAUCUGGGGUCUGGCUAUUACUCUUGCAUUUCCUCAGUGCUACUAUUCAGAAAUCAAGCAUUACCCAGAACGGGUCCUCUGCCUUUUAAACUGGCCAGGAGAUUUCAUAUACCAAAUUGCUGUUCUUGUCCUGGUGUACCUGCUGCCAUUAGUUGUGAUGGCCAUUACAUACACCAUCAUUGGAUUCACACUGUGGGGUGGGGAAAUUCCUGGCGAUACUGUGGAAAACUACCACGAGCAGCUCAAGGCCAAACGAAAGGUUGUUAAAAUGAUGAUUGUGGUGGUGUUUACCUUCACCAUUUGUUGGCUGCCCUACCACAUCUUCUUUCUCGUGUCCAAACAGCAUUCGCAUGUCAACAGCUGGAAGCCCAUACAACAGGUUUACCUAACCGUGUUCUUGUUGGCAAUGAGUUCCAACAUGCACAACCCAAUCAUAUACUGUUGUCUAAACAGCCGAUUUCGAGCAGGAUUCAAGAGGGCUUUUCAAUGGUGCCCCUUCAUUGAAUUUUCCAGCUAUGACAAACUGGAACUGCAAUCAUCCAGAUUUCAGCCCACCCGACAGAAUAGCGCCUAUAUCAUCUCCCGCAUGGAAUCCAACAUGACGGUGGAGUUUGACACGUCAGAGAAUGAUAACGCAGAAGCUGGCAGUAAAAAGGGCACUACUUUAAGGAAUUUGAGUUUUAACGGACACUCUCGAAGUAAUUCGAAGAACGCUUCCAGAAGUUCAAGUUUUUUCAGUCAAGCAAACACGUCUUUGGAUGAAUACUCAUAAAGCUGUAAAUUGUAUUUUAUUAGUCAACUGGGCAUGCUUAAUUGGUGCAGUUCAACAUGGAAGCUGAUUCCUUUGUAGUAGCUUGCCUCAGGUGGAGGCAUUAUUGUGAUAAAUGACCAUGAGGUCAACCUGACUCCAACAAUGAAUUCAGAACCUAGAUUGAUGCUGUAUUGUCAGGAAUGCCAUCCUUUUGAGUGAGAUAAUCGGUCCAUCUUUUGUGGGGUUUUUUGACCAGUUUUGUGCAAGUAAAACUGAACAUACCGUUCCAUUCUUGCUGUAAAUUCUGACCCAAGGUAGACAGGCAGGAGGCUGGAAGAACAUAACAAGCCAGGCAGCAUCAGGGGGUGGAGAAGUCGUCGUUUCGGGUGUAACCCUUCUUCUGGGUUGGGGUUGGGUGUAGGUGGAGCUGCAGAUAAAGGUGGUGGCAGGGGCAAGGUGGGGAUAGGUGAAGACAGGUGGAGAGUACAA